AUGGCGUCCUUCAACAAACAGCUGACGUCUUUCUUCAUAGAAGAUAUUUUAUCUAUUAAAGAGGAACAGAAAAAAGAGACACAAACUGAUCCACCUGAAACGAGACCAGACUCACGAUGGUCCAGCACUGAGGAUGAAGAUUCUCUGAUCUUAUCAACAUCAGACAGGCCAGCUUCACCAGAUGAAAAUGAAAACAUGAACCCCAGGACAGGCUCGAUGCAGGACGAGGUGCAGCAGGUUCACAGCCAGACAGUAAAGCAGAAGCGCUCCCGUGCUGCGUUCACUCAGCUGCAGGUUCUGGAGCUGGAGAAACAGUUCAGCAGGCAGCGUUACCUGUCCGCCCCGGAACGAGCUCACCUGGCCUCCGCACUGCGGCUUACCGAGACCCAGGUCAAGAUCUGGUUCCAGAACCGGCGUUACAAGACCAAGCGGAGGCAGCAGCUCACAUACGAGUGGGUUACAGACUGUCUGCAGAAGUCAGAAGGACAUGUUAAUGUGGUCGGUGGGGUGGAAGAGGACUUGUACAGAGCGUCACUGCUCGCCUCCAUGUACACCGGUUACCCUGCAUACAGACCCUGUGUGUUUAAUCUACACCGACCUGCUACAUGGAGACCCACAGUCUGGUGACAAGGACUUUUUAAUAACAAUCAUGUAUCUAUUUUGUAUUAAUAU